GUGAAACUGGUCCUUCCUGCUUGGAAGCAUAUGCAAUAGUGUUAUUACAAUACGUUUUUCACAAGCCGUGAUCAUUUCCUGAGACUACUACAACACUGCAGCAACCGCUGCGAAUACUUUGCGGUGUGCGCUUGCAUUCUUUUUCAUGCUCGUAACAACUAUACACCUAUACGAGGGACAAAUGGGUGAUUUGGGGUUGUAGAAUUAUAGGCGCAGGAGGUUCCUGACCUAAUGCGCAGCUGCAGCGAAGUUACACGUUUCCCGGAUACUACCGAGCUAUAAAUGUUCGCUCGUACACGCGUUCCGACCGAGCUUAAGCCAACACCGCCAUCUGUGUUGGAGCAUUAUGUCCGCUUGCGUAUCAGAGAAUUCGCUGGGUAUCUAUCUCAGCGGCUCAAUCACUAUGCACCAAGCUUUGCCAAGGAGGCGCUGGACAGGGCCGUCGAGGAGGCCCUGGUCUACAUGCCACCGGGCGACCAUGGACAGCUGAGCCUGGAGGAUAAGCAGCUGCAGCUCGUCUUCCGCCAUGACUGCCUCGCUCUGGGCUGCCUGGACCCGCAGUGCGCUCUGUGCACGCACAACCCCUCCCGCCGCUGUACCGUCAACUUUGACCGCAAGUACCUGGUCAACGACGUGCUCAAGGCGCGCUGCGGGGCGGGCAUCCGAGUGGAGCUGAUCGACCCCGCCUCGGGGCAGCCGGUGGAGGAGAAGCUGCCGGAGAUGACGCUGCAGAUCUCCGUCCUGGACGGCAACCUGUACGACACCCGGUUCCUGGACAGCGGCAAGCAGUACGAGGGCGGCAUGGAGCCGGCGGAGGAGCUGGACGCGUGUGCGCUCCUGCACAACAAGAAGAAGAGCACAGCGCUGCUGGUGUGCGGCAGCGGCGGCACCAACGACUCGGCGGGAUACGUGCUGCUGAGCAUGGCGGACGGCAAGGUUCCCCUCACCGACCUGCACGUGACGGACAGCUCGGAGGCCAUCCUGAGCGGCCGCAAGCCGCCCUUCCGGCUGCUGGUGCGGGCGCUGCUGCCGGCGGGGGCGCCGCGACUCAACAUCCGGCAUGCAGUGUCGGAGGGGUUCGUGGUUGCCACCCGCCGCACGCGCACCGCCGGCAAGGCCGACAUCCCCUCCGUGGACGACCCCGUCUCCAAGCUGGAGCACAUGGGCAAGGAGACGGUCAAGAAGCUGGCGGACCUGGCCACCGCGGCGGAGCAGGCGGGCGUGGAGAUCGACAUCCCCGAGAACUGCGUGCAAAAGGUUGGCGAGUUCAAGAUGCUGGCGCUUCGCGCCGACCAGGACGGGCACCUGCGGCAGAAGCUGCAGCACGUGCUGAAGCUGAGCAAGGAGAAGUGGGACGAGGCGAGGGACCACGCCAUGCGGGCGGUGGUGGCGGACAACCGCAUGCGGGCCUGGUACGCCGACCGGCGCUCCUGCGAGCUGGGUGUGCUGUUCACUGCGCGGAUGGGCAACGUGGACCUGGACCGACCCGUGGGCCUGCUCCAGACCCGCAUGGAGGGCGGCGAGCGCAAGACGGAGGCCAUCCUGGUGGCGCAGCUCAGCCCCACGCAGCGGGAGACGCUGCGGCACAUGCAGCCGCAGGCGGUGGCCGCCUGGUGGGAGCCGGGGCACACGGGCUGGGCCAUCUUCCCCAUGGACUCGGACGCAUUCCUGCAGACGGGCGCCCUCGCCGCCGGCCUCGUGCCUGCUGCCGGGCUGGGGCCCGGCACCUCCACCGCAGCCACCACCAACGAGGCCCCUCCCUCGCCCACCCAGUCCUCCGCCGUCUCCCUCAGCGCCCUGCAGCCGCCCUCGCAGCUGCAGCAGCCGCGACGCAACAACGGGGGCAGCGGCGGUGGCGGUUUGUCGGGCGCCUCACAGUCUGCGGAGGUGCUGCUGUCGCCGCCGGAUGGGGACAGCCUGCUAGCAGGUGCAGGUGCAGCAGCGGCAGCCGGCGGCGGCGGCGGCAGCGGGAAAGCGACGGGCGCCAAGCAGCAGCAGCCGCAGCUCCAGUCGGCUCAUGCGAGUGCAACGAUAACAUUGCCAACCGAUAUCCCACUACCAGGGCUGGGCCUGGGCUCCGGAGGAGGCGCGUGCGGCGGCAGCGGCCUGCCCAGUGCGUUCGGGGGCGGCCUGCCGACAGCGUUUGGCGCGGGCAUGGGCAUGGGGUCGGGUCGCAGCAGCCGGGCGGGCAGCAUGACAGACAGCCCGCCGCCUAGCCUGCGCAUGGCUGCACCGCUGCCUAUGCAGCCGCACCAGCAGCAGCAGCAGGCGCAUGCGCUGUCGCUGCACCACUCGCUGCCGCAGCCGCCCCACCCGCAGUCCUCGCUGCAGCUGCAGGCGCACCCCAGCUUGCAGGGCUUCCCCAGCGGGUCGGGCGGGCUGCAGGCGCACCCCAGCUUCCAGGGGCACGUAGCGGGGAUGCCGCCCUACCCGGGAGGUGGCGGAGGGGCGGGAGGUGGCUUGCAGCAACACCCCAGCCUGCAGCAAAAUGGGAGCUUGCAGCAACACCCGAGCUUGCAGCAAAACGGGAGCUUGCAGCAACACCCGAGCUUGCAGCAAAACGGGAGCUUGCAGCAACACCCAAGCCUGCAGCGUCACCCCAGCCUACAACAGCAUCCCAGCUUGCCGCACCAUCCCAGCUUGCAGCAACACCCAAGCCUACAGCAAAACGGGAGUUUGCAACAGCACCCCAGCUUGCAACAACAUCCGAGUUUACAACAACACCCAAGCCUGCAGCAGCACCCCAGCCUGCAGCAACACCCAAGCCUGCAAGCCCAUGGGAGUUUGCAACAACACCCCAGCCUGCAACAACACCCCAGCCUGCAGCAGCACCCGAGUUUACAACAGCACGCGAGCCUUCAACCGCACCCCAGCUUGCAGCAGCAUGGAAGCUUGCAACAACACCCAAGCCUGCAACAGCACCCAAGUUUACAGCAACACCCCAGCUUGCAGCAGACCCCAAGCCUGCAGCAGCACGCAAGCCUGCGCCAGGCGUCCACCCCCACCCUGGCGGCUAGCAGCGGCGGCAGCUUCAGCAACCCCACCGGCAUGCCAACCCCUCAGCUCAGCAGCACAGACGGCACCGCGGCAGCCGCCAGCAGCAUGUCGGCCUCCAACGGCAUCCCUCACCCCCACCCGCAGCAGCAGCAGCAGCAGCAGCAGCCACCUCAGCUUGCCUCGGCGGUUCCAGCGGGUCACAGCCUGAUGCCUCCACCGCCACCUCCCUCCAUGCUGGGCCCUGCAAGGCCCCUGGUAAUGCCCCCGCCGCCUUCAUUCCGCAUGCCGCCGCCACACCCGCCACACCCGCAGCAGCAGCAGCAGCACUACCGCUCGCAGGCCCCCGACCCAGCGCUCUACUCGCCAGGGCCGUACCCUCACCAGCCGGGGCCUCAGCUGCACGGGGGGGUGUCCAUUGUGCAGCAUGCAGGCGGACUUCCCCAUCCAGCAGGGGUUCACCAGGCCCCCAGCCACUCGCGCCUGAGCGGCACACCACUGCCUAACGGGCACCACGCGCCCCACCCGCACGGCCUCCCGCACCGUUACACGGCUCCCAGACCGCUGCAGGGGGGAGGCGAGCUGGGGCCGCCGCAGCUCUCAGCGCCGCCUGGGACCCCGGUGCCCGGGUUGGGGUCGGAGCUGGAGGGUGACGCGGGGCCGCCGCCGCUGCAGCCCGCCACGAUGCGGAUGACGGCGUCCGCCAGCCUGGGGGCGCACCCGCAACACAUGCAGCAGCAGCUGCAGCAGCAGUCGCCGGUGCAGCCGCUGCUGGAGCGCUCUCGGCCGCUGUCUUCGGUCGGGAUAUCAGACGACACCGCCGACGCGCUGCAGUCCCGUGGGUCGGCCAACCCGCGGCCCCACAAGAUGCCCUCCCUCGGCCGCUCCCUGAACCCCAUCGACCUCGACAUCAAGCCCGACUUCCUCACCACACCAGCCGCAAGCGCUGCCGCAGCGGCCGCAGCAGCCGCUGCCGCCUCCGCAGCCCUGGCUGCCAUGGAGGCCGCCACGGCGAACGCCGCAGCCGGCAGCUGUCCUUCUGAAAGCCCCAGGAGCCACCUGGGUGCGAACGCGGCACCUGCACCAGCCCCGCAGCAGCCCGCUCCUGCACCCGCACCCGCACCGGCACCCUCCCCGCCGCCUGCUGCGCCCUCGCCGUUCAUCUCUCCCGGGCCGCGCGCUCCUCCGCCGGUGCCGGGGCAGCCCCUGCCCGGCUCCACCUCGCCGCCGGCCGGACCGCCGCCCAAUCCCUUUGCUCGCGUGCAGAGCAGCCGCAUGAACGGCCCCAGCCUGUGCGGCCCGGGGGACGAUUCGGACGACUCGGACUCGGAUGACCCGCUGGCUGCGCUGGCUGCGCUGCCCUCCCUGCCGCUGAGCAAUAGCAUGUUCCAGGCGGCACUGGGCGGGCAGAGGUCCAUGGGGCCGGGGGGGAGCAGGCCGGGCAGCAGCGGAGGGGGGCCGCCGGGUGGAGGCGGCGGGGCGGCGGGGCAGGGCGGUGGCGCGGGUGGCAGCAGCGGCGGCGGCGGGCUGACUGCGCCGCUGCCGUCGCUGCAGAUGAUUGACAGCCAGCAGCUGGACAUGGUGCUGGGGGACAACAUGAUUCUUGAGACAUCGUCGCUCAACACGGGCAUGUCGUACGGCCUCUUCCUGCCCAGCGGCAUGGCGCUGCCCGAGGGUCCCAGCGGCCUGCUGCCGGUGACCCAGUCCAAGGAGCUGCUCAAGCCCACUACCAGCGGACUGGACACCAUGGCAUCCAUCGAGCUGGCGCUGCCCGGGGUGCGCAAGAACGAGCAGGCGCCGCAGCAACAAGACCAGAAGGGCGCGGAGCCCGCAGGAGGGAGUGGGGUCGGGGGUAAUAGCAGGGCACUUGGGCCGUACGCGCGAUGAACUGUGAGCUCCGUAUUGUCAAUGGCGGGGUUUCGUGCAAUUUGUUAAGUUACCCGCCGGCGUUGCGUUACCUUGCUUAAGGAUAUCUGCCCGUUGACAACUACGGGCGUUUGGAAAUAUAGUUGGCGGGAAUGUUGUGCUCUUGUUUCGGGAUUAUAUGUUAAUUCUCUCGAGUCUGGGACGUUCGGGGGGCGCAUCUCUAAUUAGUAACAUCACAUUAUAUUUGCUGUUUUCCGCAAUGCGUCUAUAUUCUCUGGCAAUCUGUUGGCGGAUGCGAUGGGACGCGUUUAGGCCGAGAUCUAACGGGCCGGGUGUGUUCCCCUGGGGGACCGGGACCAGGUUUCAUGGGGAAGCUGUCAGUGUAUGUGUCAUCCUA